AUGGUAUCCAAAGCUGAAAGAAACUACAGUCAACUGGAUAGAGAAGCCUUGGCUGCCAUCUCGGGGGUAAAACGUUUUCACGAAUACCUUUAUGGAAACAUGGAAAAAUGGGGAAAUGUGACCACAGUGACUGAAUUUGUGCUUCUUGGGCUCUCUAAAAACUUCAAAGUUCGUGCUGGAUUGUUUGUCCUCUUCUUGGUUAUCUAUCUCAUUGCUGUAGCCGGCAAUGGCCUCAUAUUGAUGCUGAUUAUCAUAGACUCCCACCUCCACACACCCAUGUAUUUUUUCCUUAGCAAUCUCUCCUUUAUUGACAUCAGUUACAUCACCACCUCUGUCCCACAGAUGCUGGUCCACUGCUUCAUGGACAGGCCUACUAUCCCAUGGGGCAGAUGUUUUGCUCAGAUGAGCAUCAGUGGCUUAUUAGCUAUCACUGAAUCUGUUUUGUUAGCUGUGAUGGCUUAUGGCUGUUUUGUGGUGAUAUGCUACCCUCUGCACUACAACCUGAUCAUGAAUCAUAAUGUAUGA